UCGUCCCUCCCCAUCUCCUCCGCGGAGCCAUUCAUUCCCUUUCUUUCCAAACUCAGCCCCCAAACCUUCUCCCUCCUUAGAAAAAGAGACCCUUUUUCUCCCCAUUCUCCUCCCACAUGCUCUGUUUGUCGCAGAGCAUGGGGCCUCUUAGCGUUUGUUUCCUCCUCCUCUUCUUCUCUGUCACCCCCUUCUUCCCCUCCUCCGAGGCCGGAGCCAUAGGAGUGAACUAUGGACGUGUGGCGAAUAAUCUCCCGCCAGCGGCGAAGGUGGUGCAGCUCCUCAAGGCCCAGGGCAUCGAGCAGGUCAAGCUCUACGACGUCGACCCCACCGUCCUCCGCGCCCUCGCAGGUACCGGCAUCCGGGUGGUGGUCUCACUACCCAACGAGCAGUUAGCCACCACCGCCUCUCGCCAGGGCUUUGCCCUUGCCUGGGUCCAGCGCAACGUGGCCGCCUACCAUCCCGCCACUCGGAUCCGGGCCAUCGCCGUGGGGAAUGAGGUCUUCGUCGACCCCCGCAACCUGACUGCCGCGCUCGUCCCGGCCAUGCAGAAUGUCCACGCCGCCCUCGCCCGCCUCGGACUCGACGGCGACGUCAAGGUCUCGUCCCCCCUAGCUCUGACCGCGCUCCAGAACUCCUAUCCCUCAUCGGCCGGCUCAUUCCGGUCCGACCUGGCCGAACCGGUGAUGAAGCCCAUGCUGGAACUCCUCCGCCAGACCGGCUCCUACCUCAUGGUCAACGCUUACCCAUUCUUCGCCUACGAGGCCAAUACAGACGUCAUAUCCCUGGACUACGCCCUCUUCCGCCCCAACCCGGGGGUGCUCGACUCUGGGAGCGGGCUCAAGUACUACAGCCUGUUGGACGCCCAGAUCGACGCCGUGUUCGCGGCAAUGUCAGCCCUCAAGUACGACGAUGUUAAAGUCGUGAUCUCCGAGACUGGGUGGCCGUCGAAGGGGGACGCGAACGAGACAGGGGCAGGGGCGGCGAACGCGGCGGCUUACAACGGCAAUCUGGUGCGGCGUGUGCUGUCAGGGAACGCCGGGACGCCGCAGCGGCCGCAGGCGGACCUGGACGUCUACCUGUUCGCUCUCUUCAACGAGGACCAGAAGCCGGGGCCCACCUCCGAGAAGAACUACGGCCUCUUCUACCCGAACGAGGAGAAGGUGUACGACAUCGAGUUCACUUUAAGCGGCGGCGGUGGUGGUGGUCUAAGGUGGCAAGAGGACAGGGGAAGAGCGAAGGGCGGAGGUGACGGCUCCUCGUCCCCGUCACCGUCGACGUCGACGGGGAGUGGGAGAGUAUCGGCGAGCUCGACGGGAGAGAAGUGGUGCGUGGCGAACGGAAUGGUAGGAAGACAGAGGCUGCAGGCGGCACUGGACUACGCGUGCGGGGAGGGAGGGGCGGACUGCAGGCCGAUCCAACGCGGGGCAGAUUGCUACGAGCCCAACACGUUGGAGGCCCACGCCUCAUACGCCUUCAACUCCUACUUCCAGAAGAAAGGCCGAGGGGUCGGCACCUGCGUGUUCGAGGGCGCGGCCUACGUCGUCUCCCAGCCCCCCCAAGUUUGGGAAGUGUACUCUCCCUGCUGGACCUUGAAUAACAAAGGAGGCCAGAGAAGCGGAGAUCACAGGUAGAGGAGCGAGAUGGUCAGGAAUGAUAAGAAUCUCUGCUGCCGCGGCUGACUGCUGCUGGGUGGUGGUUGGAGGUCAUCAGGGGCAGCUUGGAUUCUGAAUAUAUAUAUAUAUAUAUGUAUAUUAUUUUUUUUAUUUUUUUUAUUUUUUUUUGUAAUGUGACUCUAUUACUUUGUGGCAGAUAGGUAGCAUGUGAACCAGUGUAGCAGUUGUUUGACUCUUGUCGCCUUUUAUCAUUCAUUUGCUAACGAACUGAACUUUAGUGGUGGAUAGCUUGUGUACAAGCAGAAGUUCUACCCAUGGGAGCUCUUAUGACUGUUGGUAUUUUAUAGUUGGAUCUGGCUGUAAUGCAUUAGUGGUGGAGUACUGGUCAUGUCUUCUCAAAAGUGCAUGUCAUUUUAUAAUCAACUAUGUUGUUGGGAACUUGGAUCUGAAUGUCUUUGUUGCGAGGUUGGACACCGUCGCCUCGACGAAUUGUGGUAACUGAUCUCGGCAUUGGGUACAUGAAAAUGGCUGAAUAAUUCGUGGCUU